AUGAGCAGCAAAUUUCCACAUUUUGGUACCUCAGCUGUUCAUGUUGGUCAAGAACCAGAACAGUGGGAACUUAAUCAGGUAAUACCACCAAUUUCACUGUCUACUACCUAUAAACAGUUGGCACCAGGUGCACCAAAAAAACACGACUACUCACGCGCGGGUAAUCCAACACGGGAUGUUUUGGAAGCAAACAUCGCCGCUCUUGAAGACGCUGAACACUGUAGAGUUUUUGGGUCCGGUAUGGCUGCAAUUGCAACUAUGGCAAGUUAUCUUAACCAGGGAGAUCAUAUUAUCUGCUCAGAUGAUGUAUAUGGAGGUACCCAAAGAUAUUUCCGCCGCAUUUCUGUCCCUAAACAUGGAUUGGAAGUUACGUUUUACGACAUGACUGAUCUCGACAACUUUGAAAAAGCUUUAAAAAAUAACACCAAGAUGAUCUGGAUCGAGUCUCCCACAAACCCGUUACUUAAGUUAGCAGACAUAAAUGCUAUUGCAACUAUGACUAAAAAGUUUAACAACGAUAUUAUUGUCGUUGUAGAUAAUACAUUUAUGUCACCAUAUUUCCAGCGACCUUUGUCACUUGGAGCCGAUGUUGUAAUGCAUUCGCUAACUAAGUACAUAAACGGGCACUCAGACGUUGUAAUGGGUGCUUUAAUUACCAACCACAAGCAUUUAGAUGAAUUCUUCUUCUCACAGCAAUUAAUUGUUGGGGCUGUUACUUCUGCUUUUGACUGUUUUCUCGUCAACAGAGGAAUUAAGACACUACACGUUAGGAUGCGCACUCAUAUGGAAAAUGCUCUACAGAUUGCAAAAUUCUUGGAGGCUAACCCGAGAGUUGAAAAGGUGCUUUAUCCGGAAUUGGAAUCACAUCCACAACAUUACUUGCACAAGAAACAAACUAAAGGAAUGAGCGGUAUGUUAUCUUUCUACAUCAAAGGUGGUAUGGAAGAAUCACGCGAAUUUCUUGCUAAUUUAAAGAUAUUCACCUUAGCUGAGUCGCUUGGAGGUUUCGAAAGUUUGGUUGAACUACCGGCAGUUAUGACACAUGCAUCAGUGCCUGCAUCGGAACGUGAAAAGCUAGGAAUAACAGAUAACUUAAUCAGAGUGUCUGUUGGAAUCGAAGAUGUUGAAGAUUUGAUUCAGGAUCUUGAUCAAGCUUUGAAAAAGGUAAUCAACAUUGUCUAG